GACCGCCUGUACGUGUUCGGAGGGGGCGAGAGAGGAGCCGAACCCGUGCGGGACCGACAGCUUCACGUCUUUGACACAGCCACCUUGACUUGGUCCCAGCCAGAUGUUCAUGGUGAUCCCCCUUCUCCUCGGCAGGGACAUGUGGUGGCUGCGGUUGGGACCAAACUUUUCAUACAUGGAGGUUUAGCUGGUGAUAUUUUUUACAAUGAUCUAUUCUGCAUUGAUAUAAAUGACUUGAAAUGGGUUAAGAUAUCAGCCACAGGUGAUGUCCCGGGAGGACGGGCAGCUCACUCAUCAGCUGUGUUUAAAGACCACUUAUACAUUUUUGGUGGAAUAAAUCCAGAUGGGGCACUAGAUACUACAUACAAGUAUCACAUAGAGAAGCAGCAGUGGACGCUCUUACAGUUUGACUCCCCGCUGCCCCCCGGAAGGCUGGACCAUUCCAUGUGUGUCAUUCCCUGGCGGGCUAGCGCUGGCAGCGAGAAGGAGGACAGCAACACAGAAGCUGUCACUUGCGAAGACAAAACAGGGAAGGGAGCAACUGUGUCAGUCAGUGACACAGCUGCCUCGCCCCAGAAGAGCCAAAAGGAGAAGGCAGGUGCUGAAGACACAGUGAUGCAUCUGCUGUUAAUAUUUGGUGGGAUGAAUACUCAAGGGGAAAUACACAGGGACUGUAUUGUAAGUCUGAUUGAAUAGUAUGUCUGCAAUCCUGUACAGCAUCAACCACUUCUCUGAACAGGGGUCUUACAGCAGUGGUUGUAACUGAAGUUCGCUUUCUCCAAUAAACAAGUUAUUGCCAUCAAA